GGCCCAGCCCCGCGGUGGCUGUGGGAGGAGUCCGGGUUUCACUUCCUCGCUGGCUGGGGACUCCCGGCCGGGCAGCCGCUCUGGAGAGUGAGAACGCGCUCUCCUUCCCUGCACCUGGCUGGGAGCAAAGCCGGUGGGCGGAUGGGCAGAGCGGAGCGUCUGGGAGCCAACAUGAGCGCCCGGGUGCUCUCGGACCUGUGGGGCGGACUGGACGGGGACGCCGAGCUGCUCCAGGACCUGGGGUGGUACCAUGGUGACCUCACGAGGCAUGCUGCGGAGGCCCUGCUCCUGUCCAACGGGCGUGAUGGCAGCUACCUCCUGAGAGACAGCCACGAGCAGCCGGGCCAGUUCUCCCUGUCCGUGAGAGCCAAAGACUCUGUCAAGCACUUUCAUGUUGAAUACACUGGAUAUUCAUUUAAAUUUGGCUUUAAUGAAUACCCAUCUCUAAAGGAUUUUGUCAAGCAUUUUGCAAACCAGCCUUUGAUUGGAAGUGAGACAGGCACCCUGAUCGUGCUGAAACAUCCCUAUCCCAGGGACGUGGAGGAGCCUGCCAUCUACGAGUCCGUUCGGGUUCACACGGCGAUGCAGACAGGGAGGACAGAGAGUGACCUCGUGCCUGCCGCACCUUCUCUGGGCACCAAGGAGGGCUACCUCACCAAGCAAGGCGGCCUGGUCAAGACCUGGAAAACAAGAUGGUUCACUUUGCACAGAAAUGAACUGAAAUACUUCAAAGACCAGAUGGAUGACAGGUUGCUUCUUUUCCCCUUUCAGUCACCAGAACCCAUUCGGAUCCUAGAUCUCACCGAGUGUUCUGCUGUCCAAUUUGAUUAUUCGCAGGAAAAGGUGAACUGCUUUUGCUUAGUAUUUCCAUUCAGGACAUUUUAUCUCUGUGCGAAGACAGGAGUGGAAGCUGACGAAUGGAUCAAGAUAUUGCGAUGGAAACUGUCACAAAUAAGGAGACAGCUCAGCCAGCGGGACGGCGCCAUCCGGUCCCACUCCUUCGUCUUUCAGUAGGCCUUUCUGCAGAGCAGCCACCUGAGAGCAAAGUGGGGCGCUGCCCGGCACGGAAACCUAGCAGGUUUAGGCGAUGGCCAAGGAGAUCAGCUGUGGCCCAUGUCGUGUGGCUGCAGGCCCACGGAAGACACUGCUGCUGCCGCCCCCUGGAACCUGUUGGCUCAGGAGACGCAGGGGAAAGAGGGCGUCCACUUGGCUUACAUCCCCGGCCAUGGACGUGGUCACCUGGCCCCACUCUGAGUCGCCUGGUCAGGCCCCCGGCCUCUGCUGGCUGGGACGAUGGGGAGAGGUUCCGGGACACUUAGGAUGGACACUCCUCACAAUGCAAAUUCAGUAGCAAGCAUCACAGACUUGAAGGGUCAUCGGCUGAUUUUUCUUUAUGCAAAAGUUUCCAAAACUAAAACGAACAGUUUGCUAUACUUAUUUUUUCCUUUUAAGAGUCUUAGAAAUGUAGUGUGUCCUCUUUUUCUAAUAAAACUAUCAGUGAAUGUUCCAUGAGUAAAACAAUAAGGGGAAAUGAAGGUGCAGGCUUAAACAUCCCUUGUAACCAUUUGGGGGAAUGUCUGAAAGCGGAAGCAUGACUUGAGGGAGGGUAAUAAAGGGUAACUUCAGUUUAAUGAUAGUAAGGAAAACUAGUACCAUGGUAAGUAUAAUAGUCCUGCCCCCAGAAGGAGCGGCACAGGAGUCACCCCCUAAGCACCCCACCCCUGAUUAAAGAACAUCUUGUAUUGCCACUCCGGGAGCAACACUAAAUCCCCGUGCCACACGUAACAGUCACGGUGUGGUUCACACUGGGGAAAGAGGAAUGAAGGGAAACAAGACACCGUGCCCAGAAUACACCAGCAGCCUCUCGCUUCUUCUGUUAUCUCUGUUACUACUGCUCAUUGAGACAGAGGCUUGAAGGGGAACCAAAAUAGAUGAGAACCAGAAAAUAAGCUUACGGUGCAAAGCUGGAGGGCUGUGCUUGUUGGCCCAAAGGAGUAUCUCGUUACGCGAGUCCCUGUCGGAUGGGCAUCUGAGGUUCAGCGGAUAGAGUACAUUUAAUGACCUCUGCUGUCCGUCUUAUGCAAUUGAAAAUGCACUGUGCCAGGCUUGCAGUCAGAAGUCACCACUGUAAUAUUGUUUUAACUGUUUGUAAAAUGCUUAUUUAUAGUCUUUGGUUUUAUUAAAAAGAACAUGUGACUUAACGUAA